UUUUUCGUCGACUCUCUCUCGAUUCUUCUAGAGAAGUAGUUGCUCCGCUUCAACUAGAUAACGCCCAGCCUGAUCCGUUCUCUUCCCGUCGGAGAAAGAGUUGCGGUGCCGAAGGCGUGGAAAGUGGUGAGCCAUGGCCGAUGCUUCCUCCAGGAUCACCGUUCUCGUCACUGGCGCCGCCGGUCGCACAGGGCAAAUUGUUUUUAAAAAAUUGAAAGAAAGGUCAGAUCAGUUUAUUGCAAGAGGACUUGUACGUACUGAGGAAAGUAAAGAAAAGAUUGGAGGAGCUGAUGACAUUUUUGUGGCAGACAUAAGGGAUGAUAAGGCUAUUGUUCCUGCUGUGCAAGGCAUAGAUGCACUGAUAAUUCUCACAAGUGCUGUGCCAAAAAUGAAGCCAGGAUUUGAUCCAAGCAAAGGGGGAAGGCCUGAGUUCUAUUUUGAAGAUGGGUUAUAUCCUGAACAGGUUGAUUGGAUUGGUCAGAAGAAUCAAAUUGAUGCAGCCAAAGCAGCAGAUGUAAAGCAUAUUGUUUUGGUUGGUUCUAUGGGUGGAACAAACCCAAAUCAUCCAUUAAAUAGUCUUGGGAAUGGUAACAUAUUGGUCUGGAAACGAAAGGCAGAACAGUACUUAGCUGAAUCUGGUGUACCUUACACGAUUAUAAGGCCUGGAGGUUUGCUCGAUAAAGAUGGUUCACAGCGAGAGUUGGUGGUGGGAAAAGAUGAUGAACUUCUCCAGACUGAUACCAAAUCUAUACCAAGAGCUGAUGUUGCAGAAGUCUGCAUUCAGGCUCUACUAAAUGAAGAGAUAAAGUUCAAGGCUUUUGAUCUGGCAUCGAAGCCUGAGGGUGCUGGUACUGCAACAAUGGAUUUCAAGUCCUUGUUCUCCCAAGUCACAGCUCGGUUCUGAGCGCGUGAGAAAAAAAAAAAAAUUUGAACUUACCAACGAGGGAAUAAAUUCUAAAAUUGAAUUGUGUUUUAUACUGAAUAAAAUAUAUUUUGAGAUGUGCUGCAGCUUUAGCUUUCACAUGAUUCUUGUGAUGAUGGCUAAAUUAUAAUACAGUUCACCCAGUUCAAAUUACUAGCAGUUUUGUGCAAA